CACGUCCAGCGGGGUAGGAUCUGCGGGCUACAGAGCCUGUGCGUCGAUCGAGCGGGGGGGGGCAACCACGGGUAAUAGUUUCAUAUGGCUCCAACACAUGCUCGAACGAAACUUCCGGCGCAAGAGUAAGGGCGAGCUGAACAACAUUUUGCCACACUUGGCAUCGAGAAGGACAACGACAGCGAUGAAGACUUCGCUCUAAAAAGAAGCGACGACGAAGACGAAGAGGGGAACCUUGACGAUUCCGAUCCUGAUCCAGGCAAUAUCUCUUACAAAAUACUCCCUGUUGUAUUAUAUUAGCUCUAGACGCUCGAUGACUGCCAUGACAAACACAGAGAGAAGCAACAAGAAAAAUGCAAACUUGCGAAACUGCGAAAGCAUCCAGCCGUUUCAGAAAAAAGCAAUGAGAGUGUCAAGAAACGGCGCUUUUCGCCGCACGAGGUGUUGCUCUUGCAGAAAAAAACACAAGGGGGAGAGUCGCGCGAUUCCCUGCGCGGCGAUGUCGUCGAUGACAGUGGUGGAGCAAAUACCUGAGCACGUGGAAUACACGCCUCGGAACCGCACAAGCAAGCAUGUCGAGGAGCUUGAGGGGGCAGCGGUCAGUUGUGAUAAAGUUGUGAACGUCGUGGUUCCUUUUCCUGCUGCGGAGAUUUCGAGCUGGGAAGAAUUUAACAACGUUUUCAGUGAUUACAAGAGGAAAAAUCAUCUCAACUUUCGUGUGCGCAGCUGUGAAACGACUGUGGUGUACAAUAGGUAUGCACUAAUUGAUAGUAUUUGCGGUAAUUAAUUAUAUUUAUCUUUG